GACCCUUACAAAGCGUCACGAGUCACAGGGAUGAUCAUGGGGAGUUGAGAAAGAAUAACAUUAGCUAGUAAGCCAGCGACAACUGCAAUUAAUGAGAUAAUCAAGCGGCAGUUAGGGCAGCGAGCUACAGGAGGCCACCAUGGCAAAUAUCGCAAAGAAAGUGUCGUGGUCCAGCCGGGCCGAGGAGUCCGGGGCAGCCGGGGAGAGGACGCCGCUGUUCAACGGCUCCGAGCAGCCCAGACUCUCCAGACAGCUGUCUGGAGGAGGCAGUGUAUUUCAGAUAGGCAGACUCAGCACGGUGGAUUUGGAGGAGGAGAUUACAUCAGAUGAGGACUCUCUGAGGGGGCGACCUAAAGAGAUCCCUCAUAAUGAGAAGCUGCUGUCACUUAAAUAUGAGAGUCUGGACUAUGAUAACAUUGAGAAUCAGCUAUUUUUGGAGGAGGAGAGGAGGAUGAGUUACAUGGGUUUCCGCUGUCUGGAGAUCAGCCGCUGGGUGGUCUGUGGUCUAAUCGGCUUCCUGACCGGCCUCAUCGCCUGUUUUAUAGACAUCGCGGUGGAGGAACUGGCUGGGAUCAAAUACAGAGUGGUCAAACAGAACAUAGAGAAGUUUACCGAGGUGGGCGGCCUGUCGAUCUCCCUCAUCCUCUGGGCCGUCCUCAACGCCUCCAUUGUCAUGUUGGGGGCCAUCAUAGUCGCAUUUUUCGAGCCCAUAGCAGCAGGAAGUGGUAUUCCUCAAAUAAAAUGUUACCUAAAUGGAGUCAAGAUUCCCAGGGUGGUACGACUCAAGACACUGGUGGUGAAAGUGUGCGGUGUUAUCUGUUCAGUGGUCGGCGGUCUCGCUGUAGGAAAGGAAGGGCCCAUGAUUCACUCUGGUGCUGUUGUAGCUGCAGGCGUCUCCCAGGGCAGGAGCACCUCCUUAAAGAGAGACUUUAAGAUCUUUGAAUACUUCCGGAGAGACACAGAAAAAAGGGACUUUGUGUCUGCUGGAGCUGCUGCUGGAGUUUCAGCUGCUUUUGGAGCACCAGUCGGUGGCGUUCUGUUCGCUCUAGAGGAGGGAGCCUCUUUCUGGAACCAGAUGUUGACGUGGAGGAUAUUUUUUGCCUCCAUGAUCUCUACCUUCACCCUGAACUUCUUCCUCAGUAUCUAUCAUAAAAAUCCAGGAGACCUUUCCAACCCGGGUCUCAUCAACUUUGGGCGCUUUGAGAGUGAUAGUGGGGCCUAUAACCUCUAUGAGAUUCCCUUGUUCAUCGCUAUGGGAGCUAUAGGUGGAUUGCUGGGAGCUCUGUUCAAUGUGCUCAACUACUGGCUGACCAUCUUCAGGAUCAGAUAUGUUCAUCGCCCUUGUUUACAAGUGAUGGAGGCCAUGUUGGUUGCUGCAGUGACCGCGACAGUGUCGUUCACCAUGAUCUACUUCUCCAAUGACUGUCAGCCUCUGGGGCCAGAGCACAAUGAGGAGUACCCCCUGCAGUUGUUCUGUGCAGAUGGGGAGUAUAACUCCAUGGCAACGGCCUUCUUCAACACUCCUGAGAGAAGUGUUCGUAGUCUCUUCCACAACCAGCCAGGAACCUACAAUCCCUUGACCCUGGGUUUGUUCACCCUGACUUAUUUCUUCCUGGCGUGCUGGACCUAUGGCCUGGCGGUGUCUGCUGGAGUCUUCAUCCCAUCUCUGCUCAUAGGAGCAGCCUGGGGAAGAUUGUUUGGAAUACUGCUGGCCUCCAUCACCUCCAAUGGCUCGAUCUGGGCUGACCCUGGUAAAUAUGCCCUGAUUGGAGCUGCAGCUCAGUUAGGUGGCAUUGUGCGGAUGACCCUCAGUUUGACUGUCAUCAUGGUGGAGGCUACAGGAAACGUCACAUAUGGUCUUCCCAUCAUGCUCGUCCUCAUGACUGCCAAGAUAGUAGGAGACUAUUUUGUAGAGGGUCUGUAUGAUAUCCACAUCAAGCUGCAGAGCGUUCCCUUCCUGCACUUAGAGGCUCCCGCCACCUCCCACUGGUUGACCGCCAGAGAGGUGAUGGGUUCCCCGGUCACCUGUCUCAACAGGAUAGAGAAGGUGGGAACCAUCGUGGACAUCCUUAGCAACACGUCUACCAAUCACAAUGGCUUCCCAGUCGUCGUGCAGGUUACUGGUAGUGACGAGCCAGCGAAGCUCUGCGGCCUCAUCCUCCGCUCUCAGCUCAUUGUUCUUCUCAAGCACAAGGUGUUUGUGGAGUUGGCCCGGUCCCGGCUGACCCAGAGGAAGCUCCAGCUGAAGGACUUCAGGGACGCCUAUCCCCGCUUCCCCCCUAUCCAGAGCAUCCACGUCUCCCAGGACGAGAGGGAGUGUAUGAUGGACCUCACUGAGUUCAUGAACGCAACACCUUACACUGUACCACAGGAAACGUCUCUGCCUCGUGUGUUUAAGCUGUUCAGGGCGCUGGGACUCAGACACCUGGUGGUAGUGGAUGACGAGAACAGGGUGGUUGGACUGGUGACAAGGAAAGACUUGGCCAGAUAUCACCUGGGAAAACACGGACUGGAGGAGCUUCAGGUGGCGCAGACAUAAUACACACACACACACACACACACACACACACACACACACACACACACACACACACACACACACACACACACAU